AUGGCCGACAGAGCACGAUCAAGAUCGCGCUCGCCUCGGCGCGAUCGAGACAGAGACAGAGACAGACCACGAAAACAAGGCGGUUUCAGAUGGAAAGACAAGAGCCGCAGAGACGACCGCGACGAUGGUAACGAACGAAGAGGCCUCGAGCGAGGCUACCGCAACCGUUCCCGCUCCCCCCGUCGCGACCGCGAUCGCGACUCGGACAGAGAUCGCCGCAACGACCGCCGCGGUGGCGGUGACGACAACUACAGACCCCGCGACUCGGGCAGAGAUAGAGACAGAGACAGAGACAGCAACAAGCUCACCACCAGCGCCUCAAGCUCGAAGGAUGCGCCGACGAAGCCCAAGAAGGAGAAGUCUGCGCCCGCGCCGGCUGCGGGCGGCGGCGAGGAGAUGAUUAUCGUGCACGUCAACGACCGUCUCGGCACCAAGGCCGCGAUCCCCUGUCUGGCCUCGGACCCGGUCAAGAUGUUCAAGAUUAUGGUGGCGCAACGGGUCGGACGGGAGCCGCACGAGAUCUUGCUGAAGCGCCAGGGCGAGCGGCCGUUCAAGGAUAAUCUUACGCUGGAGGACUAUGGUGUCAGCAACGGUGUGCAGCUGGAUCUUGAGGUUGAUACUGGCGAUUAA